AUGGAAGAGCCAAUUACGGCAGAGGAACUGUCCUUAGCCCUGAAACUGGCCAAAAAUGGGAAGAGCCCAGGACCGGACGGCUUUACCACCAAAUACUACAAGACAUUCUUUAAGACCUUGGCCACACCCCUCCUUAAUAUGCUAAACAACCUGAAAGACGGUGGCACACUAGACCGGAACAUGCUACUAGCGCAUAUUGUCGUAUUACCAAAGGAAGGGAAGGACCCGACCGCAUGUCCCAGUUACAGGCCAAUCUCCCUGUUGAAUGCGGACUUAAAAUUGCUUGCAAAGAUCAUAGCGCUACGUAUUCAACCAACCCUACCACAACUGAUCAAUCCAGACCAGGUGGGGUUUAUCAGAAACAGGGAAGCACAAAACAACACUACCAAAGUGAUCAACCUGAUACACGCAGCCAGAAAGACCAUGGAGCCGUCGCUUCUGCAUAAGUCGUCAAUCAGCACGAAAUACCAGGAAUCCGGGUACAAACUAAUCUCUCACUGGUACAAAACCCCAGAGAAACUCGCUUCUAUUAGCAACACAUGCGCACUGGAAUGCUGGAGAUGUGGCAAGGAGCUGGGCACGCUAUUCCACAUAUGGUGGACGUGCACCAAGAUCCAGCCAUAUUGGCAAGAGAUACACCGGAUCGUAUCGGCGCUCACAGACGACUCCGUAGAAUACACCCCAGAAACCUACCUGCUCCACAUGACCCCCAUACCGCUGAAGACCUACAAGAAAACCGUCAUUCCAUAUUUGAUAAACGAGGCACGCAGCCUCGUCCCGACCUUCUGGAGGCAGAGCUCAGCCCCCUCCACCAAAGACUGGAUCGCGAGAGUGGAAGACAUCAGGAACAUAGAGGAAACCAUCCUGAUGUCCUUGAACAUGAAGAACCAAACAAUGAUCACAGAGGUCUUUCUCUUGGGAUUUCCAAAUCUCGGCAGAUUCAGGAUUUUAAUCUUCAGUCAAAUCCUUGGUAUCUACUUUCUGACGAUAUUUGCAAAUAUCCUUAUUAUUGUAUUGGUGAUAUUCACCAAAAAACUCCAUUCACCCAUGUACUUCUUUCUCACACAAAUUUCCAUUUCUGACAUGCUUAUGACCACAAAUAUUGUCCCUGAAAUGCUUUCUAUAAUAUAUAAUGAAGGAAAUUUCAUGUCUUUGAAAUGCUGCAUUUUUCAGCUUUAUUUAUUUGGUGUCUCUGCAGCUUCUGAGUGCUUCCUUCUGACAGUCAUGUCUUAUGACAGAUAUCUAGCUAUCUGUGUUCCUCUACUCUAUGACUCAAUAAUGGACUCAACCUUAUGCCUCAAAUUGAUUGUCCUGUGUUGGAUAUUAGGCUUAUCACUAAUGCUAAUUACUCCAAUAACAAUAGGCAAUUUUCUAUUUUGUGGGCCAGACUACAUUGACCAUUUCUUCUGUGAUGUUGCUCCCUUGCUGGAGCUUUCGUGUUCUGAUACCGUAAUAGUACAAAUAGAAACUCUCUUACUUUGUGGACCUGUUCUAAUAAUACCAUUUAUAAUUGUCAUGGUAUCCUAUAUUUAUAUUGCCCUUACCAUUAUAAGAAUUCCUUCUAUUACGGGGAGGCAGAAAGCCUUCUCCACCUGCAGUUCCCAUAUUACUGUAGUAUCUAUAUACUAUGGCACUCUGAUCUGUACAUAUGCUGUUCCAUUUAAAGGAAAAUCUGCUUCUUUGAGCAAAAUCCUGUGUCUGUUCUAUACUGUUGUGACACCAAUCCUUAACCCGAUUAUAUACACGCUAAGAAACAAGGACAUCAAACAGGCUGUAAUGAAGCACUGCAAAGUUUAA